UGGCAUUCGGCAUAUCCACCCGUUUUGCUGACGCAGCUUUCUUCCUUUCUAUUUCGACGUGAGAUUGACCUCGCUGCCAGUCUUUCUCAACUUUCCUCUCGCAAUCAUGGCGUGGCAGAGCCCCAAUGGCGUCUUGCAGGCCAUGCAAUCCGUCCGCCGGUCCCUACUCCGACCCUCCAAAACGUCCACCUAUCCCAUCACCCGGACCGCCGCCGUCCCCAGCCUCUCCCAGCAGCAGCGCACAUAUGCGACAGAAGUGCAAGACGCGACGGAAGUGCGAGCCGCCCCGGAGAUCGACUUCUCGACCUUCCACUCGCAGCCCACCCGGAUCAUCCCCCGAUCUCGGUCCUACUUCUCCGGCAGCCCCAAGUUCAUCGACAACAUCCUGGGCCUGGAGCGACUGCUCGCGAAAACCUCCGCCCUGCCGACGGUGCCCGCGAGCGAAGCGCCGCGCAAGGCCUGGCUGAAGCUGGCCCAGUUCCGCGACUACGUGGGCGAGCCCGUGGCGACGAAGAAGUACAAGAACAUGCUCAAGCUCCUGCAGCGGCUGAACCGGAUCGACCCCGAGGUGAUCCCCGCGGAGGUGACGACCAUGCUGACGGAGUUCCUCCGGCCCGGUAACCCGUACAGUUUCCAGCCGGCGCCGCCGACGGUGGAUGAGAUGGGCCGGGCGCGCGGGCGGGGGAAGCGGAAGGAGUCGUCGGCUGUUGCGACGGUGGUGGAGGGUGAGGGGGAGGUGAUGGUGAACGGGAAGACGCUGGCGGAGGCGUUCCCGCGGAUCCAUGACCGCGAGAGUGCGUCGUGGGCGCUGCGGAGUUCGUCCCGGCUGGACAAGUACAAUGUGUGGGCGACGGUGCGCGGUGGGGGGACGACGGGGCAGGCGGAAGCCGUCGCGUUGGCGGUUGGGCGGGCCUUGAUGGUGCAUGAGCCGGGUCUGAAGCCGAUUCUCCGGAAGGCCGGCGUUAUCACGGUGGAUGCACGACGCGUGGAAAGGAAGAAGCCUGGUCACCUCAAGGCGCGCAAGAUGCCCACCUGGGUCAAGCGGUGAGGGGACAUUUGGGUUCUUUCUUUCUUUCUUUUUAUGUACUUUUCCUAUUCUUUCCUAUUCUUUUCCUAGUUCUAGACGACAUUCUGCGAGCUGUACAAUUACUUCCUAUCUACCUACAUAGCCUAUCAUGUUAAAGUAUGACCCGUAUAGUAAGCAAUAUAGCACAGCGUCAGACGUU